AUGUCUGAUAACCCCCGUGGUCGGGGACGCGGUCGAGGUGACCAGGGAUACGGUCGCGGCGACCGUGGCGGUGGUGGUGGUCGCGGUCGCGGUCGCGGUCGGGGAGAUAUGGACCUUCCCUUCCGGGAAGGCCGUGGAGGUGCCCGUGGAGACUCUCAGGGAUAUCGUGGCAGAGGUGAUCGAGGAGACUCUCAGGGCUACCGUGGCAGAGGGGGUGAUCGAGGAGGACGUGGGGAGUUUCGUGGUGAUUUUCGUGGUGAUUUUCGUGGUGAUUUUCGUGGCCGCGGUCGCGGGGAUUUUGGAGGUCGUGGAGACUUCCGCGGUGGUAGAGGAGGCUUUCGAGGUGGCGGAAACCAAGGUCCGCGAAUCUUCAACGAAGGAAAACCAAUACCUGCUCCUGAUCCCCAGGUUGAAAAGGUCGAAAAUGAUACCGCCAAGACUCUGGUGGGACAUGAGAAGACAGCGCUGUAUCCCAACCGUCCAGGAUAUGGCACACUAGGCAGGCCUGUUACCCUCUAUGCCAACUACAUGCCAUUCACGGCGGUUGGCAAGCCGGUCUUCCGCUAUCAUGUCGCUGUCGGCAAGGAGCAGGGCCGGGAGGUGCCAACCAAGAAAGCGCGUCAGAUUGUGCGACUCUUGUUGGAAGAGCACUUCGCCAAAGAUAUUAAGAACAUCGCCACCGAUUAUCGAUCCACAUUAAUCUCAUGUAUCGACCUUGGGCUGGCGAGUGACAAGAAGUAUGAUGUGCGGUAUAAAGGCGAGAAUGAGUUUGACUAUCUUGAUGAGCCCAAGAUCUACAGCGUGACCGUUGGACCGACAGGCACGCUGGACCCGACAGAUCUAAUCAAUUAUCUGUCUUCGAGUAAUAUCGAUGGCUCUCUGAUGCAGCAAGAGCAAUUAUUGGCGGCAAUGAACAUCAUUAUGGGCCACCAGCCAAAGACCGACCGCUCGGUGGUCACGCUCAGCGGUAACAAGCACUACAGCUUUGAUGCUGCCACUGCCGAACGCAUGUCUCUGGGUGGUGGUCUCGAGGCAUUGCGUGGUUUCUUCAUCAGUGUGCGUGCCGCCACCGCCCGCGUUUUGCUUAACGUGCAAGUCAAGUAUCUCGCUUGCUACCGGGAAGGCCCUCUGCCCAUGGUGCUUGGAGACUAUAUGCGUACGAAUUCGCGCAAUCCUUACCGACUUGAAUCCUUUUUGAAGCGCAUGCGUGUCCGAGCCACUCAUAUUGUUCGCAAGACGAGCAGCGGCAAGCCUCGCCCUCCUCAAAUCAAGAGCAUUACCGGGUUGGCAUCUCCAACAGAUGGUCGGUCCGGCACGAACCCGCCCAAGGUGCUUCGUCACGGUGCUGGUCCUUUUGAUGUCCAAUUCUUUUUGGAAGCCCCGGGGUCGAAACCGCCAGCUGCACAAGCUGCGCAGCCUGCCGAGGGCAAGGGGAAGAAGGGAAAAAAAGCCCGCCAAGGCAGGCCCACCCCCCGCAGGCCAAUACGUCUCUGUCGGCGCAUAUUUCAAGCGAGAGUACAAGAGAGACUUGGACCCGAACUUGCCGGUCAUUAA